AUUCAUUAAUCAAUUCUAGGUCCGGCAAUUGUGUAUCCUACAAUGCAACAUACGCCCUUUGAGGCCUAGACACUCCUCAUGAGGCCGUGUACUUCACUCCCUAGCAGCCCGUCAUGGCCUCGCCUACUCCCCGUUUCUCCAUAGAUACCUCGGCCACCACACCCACUUCGCCCACAUUCCCUCGCUCAGGCUACCCUUUCCCGGAUUCACUACAUCGCCAGAACACGGCCAACCGCUAUGCGCCGAGACGAGGCAGUAGCGCGAGCACACUUUCGCUUCAAUCCAUAGGCGGCAGCUUGGAUGUCAACAGCAAUCACCGAAGAACCAGCAGUAGCGUGCGCGAGACGAGCCAGAAUGCCAUAUCCACACUGCUGCAGCCGCCAAUCACCCGGACGGGCUUACCACAACACAACGCGCCUCCUCCAGGCUACAGAGCACCCACAACCCGCGACAUACCGCCCGUAACAUUGACAAACAUCCCUCACGUGCCGCCGGAGAACUUCCGAGACUACCUAACUAGGAUUGGGCCACUUUUUGAAAGCUUCAAGCGCGGACGUAUCGAACCAGAGCAGCCGGCAUGGCUGAAGAAGGACACGGAGCUGGAGAAGACGGAUCGCUUCGCCGAGGCGCUGGAAAGGCGGUUCAGCAGAGACGGCUCGGUGUCUCCUGCUACCCCACGACAGCCUUCUUCUGCCACUCUUUCACCGACACCGGAAACGCCUGGAGGGCCAGGAGGGCAUAAGCGAAAGACAUCGGCAAACAUCAGACGCAACCGCAACGAACCAACACCUCUAUCUACAAUCCCGAGCGUCUACUUCGACGAAGACUUCCACCUCGAAAACCCGCGCACCUUUGACGUCGUCUCAGAACGAGCAGAGAUUGUGCGUCCACCGCUCGGCCAAUCUUCACCCGACCCGAAAGCGGCCAAUGGCGCACCGCAUCCUCCGCGAAAAGCACUGGCCACUAAUGCGAUCUUGCAGGAGAAGUUGAGUUGGUACAUGGAUACCGUAGAAGUCCACCUAAUCAACAGCAUCAGCACGGCCAGCACGGGCUUCUUCGCCGCCCUGGGAAGUCUGAAGGAGUUGCAGACGGAGGCGGAGGAGAGCGUGGCGAAGAUUCAGAGUUUGCGGGAGGACCUAAGAAAGUUGGAUCGGGAGGUGGCGGUGGGUGGGUUGGAGGUGGCGGCGAAACGGAGGAGGCGUGCGAAUGUUCGGAAAUUGGCGAAAGCGACGGCGCAGGUUGAGAGGGUUGUGGAGGAGGUGAAGAGGGCGGAUGAGUUGGUUGAUGAGGGUUGCUAUGAUGAGGCGGCUGAUCAGAUGGAUCGAAUUGGGAGGUUGGUUUGCGGGCGGGCUGAGCCGGGAAGUGGCGGCGAGGAUGGCGAUCUGAUGGAUCUGAGACCGUUAAAGGCGCUGCAAGGGCUGGACGCUGGACUGCAAGAACUGCAAUACCGUAUUGGUGCAGGCUUUGCUCAACGCUUCACCUCGAUCUUGAUGGACGACGUACGCCAGCACGGUGAAAGAGUACCGAAGUCGGACACUCUGAAACGAUGGUCACGCCAACGAGGUAUACCACCACUGUACAUGGAAACGAACGAUCCUUUCCGCCAAGAUCUUCUCGCGGCACUCAAGGGGCUCAAUCGCGCAGGGUAUACGGCCGCCGCAACGACUGCCUACCGAGACGCGGUACAGAGGGAGAUGAAGGCCAUCAUACGCAAACACCUACCCAGCAGCAGCGACGACGACGCGGAUAGUAUGGUGUCCACCUCUACCCGCGGAGGCGGUAAGUUGAGCCAGCAGGAGAAAAGCACGAUCCUAGCGCGUAACUUACGUGCAAUGGACGCGGAGGAUGCGGAGAAAUUGCUCGUCCACAUCUACACCGCUAUUGGAGAGGCAUUGAGGAGGAUCAGUACGCAGACGAAGGUGUUGCUGGAUGUGACGAGUAGUAUGCAGCCUGCCUCUACCCCGACACCCCCCAAUGGCAGCGCCCACCCCAACAACGACGUGCAACAAGACGAACUGUCGCAAGCCCUCGACCUCUCCAGCCUCCUCGGCCAAGCCGUCGACUCCGCCCAGACCCAACUCACCAAGAUCCUCAAAGUGCGCAACGAGCAAGCCGUCCGGCUCUCCCCCGAGCGGUUCGUGCGGUAUUUCACCCUCAACCGCCUUUUCGCGGACGAAUGCGAAGCCGUUUCUGGCCGAGGCGGGCAGGCGCUUAAGGGGUUGGUGAAUGCGCAGGUCUCCGGGUUUGUGCAGGUGCUGGGGACGGCGGAGUCGGAGAGGAUUGCUGGGUUGUUGGAUCGGGAUGAUUGGAAUGCGAAGGAUUUUGGUACCAAUGAUGAAAAACUGUUGCAGAGGGUGUUGGGGGGGAUGAGUAAGGAUCCGGUUGAGUGGGGACGGAGCGUGCGCCCGGUGUGGGAAGAGGUUGGUGGGGCGGUGGAGGAGGCGGUGGUAGGGGUGAAUGGGGAGGGGAAGGGGAAGGGGAUGAAUGCCAAACCCGCCCACAUCGACGAAACGCGCUAUAUCCUCGUCGCCUCUGCCAUCGGCCUCCUUCCGACCAUUGAUUCCUUCCUCGCUCUUACCACACACUUAGGUCCUUCCAUGACGCCCGCCCUCGCCACCGCGUUGCUCGACGUAUUGCGGACGUUUAAUUCCCGCUCCAGCCAGUUGGUGCUCGGCGCGGGUGCGACAAGGGUAAGUGGGUUGAAGAACAUCACUACCAAGCAUUUGGCCCUGGCCAGUCAGGCGUUGAGUUUUGUGGUUGCGCUGGUGCCUUAUGUGCGGGAAUGUGUGCGACGGCAUUUGCCCGCCGCAAGUGGUGGGGGAGGAGGUGGAGGGGUGCUGGCAGAAUUCGACAAAACGAAACGCAGUUUCCAGGACCAUCAAAGUCAGAUUCACGACAAGUUGGUUGAGAUUAUGACGACUCGCUCCGCUAUCCACGUCAAAACGCUCCUUUCCGGCCCUACUGUCCUCCCGAACGGAGCAGAGGUGUCGCCGUAUAUGGACACCCUCACUAGGGAAACCCAAACGCUUCACCGCGUUUUGGCGAGGCAUCUGGCCGAAUUCGACGUGAGUCUGAUUAUGCGUAGGAUUUUCGACGCGUAUCGGGAGCAGUGGGUUAAGGCGUUUGGGGAGGUGGUGGUGGGGAGUGAGGAGGCGGGGAGGAGGUUGGUGAGGGAUGCGGAGGUCUUUGAGGCGAGGGUGGGAAGAAUUGAGGGGGGAGAGGGGUUGGGGAGGGAGAUUGUUGAGUUGGUUAAGGGAAGGGUGAGGAAGGGCGGAUAG